UACAUAUAUAUAACUUAUUACAAGGAAAAUAAAAAUAAAAAAUCAUAAGAACAAAUGGCUGGUCACAAAUCAGAAUCCAGAGUUUCCAAAGUAGACUCAGAAACAACAUGGGAUUUGUUCUUAUCUCAAGCAACAAAUCAAGCUCGUCCUGUUGUGGUGCAUUUUACGGCUUCGUGGUGCAUGCCGUCGGUAGUUAUGGAGCCGUUUGUCGACGAGCUCGCGUCGAUCCACCACGACAUUUUGUUUCUGCUGGUUGUUGUUGAUGAGGUUAAGGAGGUGGCGUCGAAGAUGGAGAUUAAGGCGAUGCCAACGUUUGUGUUGAUGAAGGAUGGAGUUGUGGUUGAUAAAUUAAUCGGUGCUAAUCCAGAUGAAGUUAACAAGAGGGUUGGAGGCCUAAUUAAUUAACUAUUAAUUUUUUUUACUUUUUUUAUUUAUUUUUUAUUUUUUUAUAUGUAUUGGUUAUUAUAUUUUUUUGCAGUAAUUUAAUUUAUAAUAUAUGCCUUUUCUUAUAUAUAUGUGCUUACUUCUGUAAAAAGUAGGGGUUUAAACGAGCCGAGCUCAAGUCGAGUUUGGUUGUUUUGGCGAGCUAAUUAAGCGAACCAAGUUUGUCGAGCUCGAGUUUAAGCUGAGCUAUUAUGUUUAUUAUUAUUAUUAUUUUUUUAUUUUUAU